AUGGUAGAUAGUGAUGGGAAUUGUGGUUUUAGAGCUAUUGCGGGUUUACUUGAUCUUGGAAAGAAUGACUGGGUGCAAGUUAGGCGUGAUCUGCUACAUGAAUUGAAUAAUCACAAAGAUGAAUACGUCAUACUAUACGGGUCGCAUGAAAGGGUUGAGAAGCUGACACACAUCCUUUUAUAUUUUGAAGAUAGCCCAUGCUUUGAUUGUUGGAUGACUAUGCCUGACAUGGGGCAUCUUAUUGCAUCAUUUUAUAAUGUAGUCUUGUACCACUUGUCAUUGCAACAGUGCCUCACUUUUAUACAUUUGAGAUCACCGCUAGUAACCCUAGCUGAUCGUCGCGAGAUUGCCAUUGGAUUUGUCAAUGGAAAUCAUUUUGUGCAUAUGAAUGCAUUUUUGGAGGCCGGUCAUCCAGUUCUUUUCAUUGCUGUGCUUUGUCAAGUUCACCAUCACCCUUGUGCAUUAGAAUGGGAGAAUGCAUAUGUUAGCCGCGUUCAACAAUUCAAAGACAACAUAGGACCUAGUGUUGCUACUCGCGAGACAUUUGAUGUAGUUGACAUAGAUUGA